AUGCCAUCCCCCGCGUUACCGAACGGUGCGGCCCAAUCGCCAUCAACAACCAAAGGUCCCUCUUGUUCCGCCGCCGCUGCUACCAGUCCUACUACCGCUUCGGCUCCUUCCAAGAAGAAGAGUAAAAAGAAGAAGCCCAACAAAAAAUCUACCGCCGCCGCCGCAAACAGUAACGGGACACCCGUCGCUGCCGCUACCCAGGAAGAAACCCACAAUGGCGCUGGGAGCGCCGCGGUCGAGAGCGUGGAUAAAGACGAGAUAAAAGAGCCUGAGACGACGACGCCGGGACCUAACAAACACGAAGAGGCAAACGAAACCCAGAGAGAAGGCAGGACUGAGCCAAGCGCCACCGCCGACGAGGACGACGACUCGAGGCCAGCCGUGAACGGCCAUGACGGCCCAAACGGACACGUACCAGUACCACCAUCACCGCUACCAACAACGAGCACAACAGAAUCCGGGAUAUCAGGGACAAGAGAGGAAGACACCAAGACAGAUACAGAAGCGGCGGGCACCGAGCUAGAACCCCCACAACCAAAAGAAGAGGAGGCACCCAGCACAAAGCCAGCAGCCAUGUCCCAACAACAACAACAACAACAACAACAACAACAGGACCCCGCCGCCCUCCAGGCCGAGGUCGAGCGCUUGCGCGAACAGCUCGAAAAACUCCAGACCUCCCACGCCGACGAGAUAGCCCAACUCCGCGCCGACCUCGAAGAGUCCGAAGCCGCUAAAGAGCAUGCCGAAACCCAAUACGAAACGCUCCUCGGCCGCGUCGAAAAGAUCAAAGAGACGCUUGGCGACCGCCUAAAGCGGGACAAAGCUGAGUUGGAAGAGGCCAAGGACCGGGUCGACGAGCUAGAGCAGCAGAAUGAAGAGCUGCAGAGGGCGUUGACAGCGAAAAAAGAGGAGGUGGAGGGGUUGAGGAGGGAAAUUGAUGAGCAGGGACGGGAGUUGGAUAAGCUCAGGAGUAGGGUUGGCGUUGUGCAGAGGGAUUGGGCGAAGGAAAAAGAGGAGUUGAUGAGGCAGGUGGGGCAUCUGAGGGCCGAGUUGGAGAGCACGACGGCCGCGAUGGGCGAGUGGGAGGUGAUUGCUAUGGAGGAGAGGUCGUUAAGGGAGCAUCUGGCUGCGCAAGUCGGGGAUUUGGAGGAGCAGCUUGCUACGGCGCGCGAGGGGUUCGAUAGAGCAGAACGGGAGAGGGAGAGCCAGGCGCAGGCGGUUGAUCGGCUGCAGAGGGCGCUGCAGGAGUUGCAGGAGACGAGGAAGCGGGAGCUGAGAGAGAUGGUCGAGGCGAACGAGGAGGCUGUGGCUGAGUUGAAGAAAAGGGUGCAGGAGGCGGAGGGGAGGGCUGCUAAAGCGGAGGAGGAGAGGGAGAGGUUGGAGAAGGAGUUGGAAAGGACGGCUCCGUUUGAGAAGGAGGUGAAGGAGAAGAAUCUGUUGAUUGGGAAGUUGAGGCAUGAGGCGAUUAUUUUGAAUGAGCAUUUGACUAAGGCGCUCAAGUAUAUCAAGAAGACGAAACCGGAGGAGGCGAUUGAUAAACAACUUAUUACGAAUCACCUCCUCCAAUUCCUCUCCCUCGACCGCUCCGACCCCAAAAAAUUUCAGAUCCUUCAAGUCAUCUCCGGCCUGCUAGGCUGGAACGACGAGCAGCGCGAGAAGGCCGGCCUAGCGCGUCCCGGCGCCGCCGCCGCCGCCGCCGCCGCCGCCGCCGCCUCAGCCUCGACUCCGACCUCCGCCACCUCCAACCACAACACCCUACGUCUACCACCGACCCCAUCCUUCCAUCGCACGCCCAGCUCGCCGGCGCUCAGCAGCGAGUUCUUUGAGACUCCUUUCUCGCUCAGCGGGAGUGCGAGCGGGUCAGGGAAGGAGAAGGAGUCGCUCGCGAAUCUGUGGGCUAGUUUCCUGGAGCAGAGCGCCGAUGAGGCGCUGGUGGGGCAGGGGAAACGGAAGGAUAGCGCGAGUAGUACGGCGACGGGGAAUACGGCUAAUACUAGGCCUUGA